CCUCCCCUCGCCCAACUCCACAACGCUGCCUUCACCAACGACGACCUCAUAGAAACAAUGUACGGCCCUCUUACCCAAGACGACCCGCCUUUCGCGACCGAUCUGCAGAAAAUCAUCGCCGACGACCCACACGCCCGCAUCACAAAAGCCGUCGAUACCGAAUCAGGCCGCAUCGUCGGCUGGUCAUGGUGGUGUAUCUACCCCGACGCCGAGGCGCAUGCCACAGCAGCAGAAGAGGCUAGGAAACGAGGUACCAUUCCGCCGGCGACAUCGCUGUGUCCGCGGUUGUAUCUCGAUUAUCAGGAUUUGAAGGCGAGGAUGAGGGAGAAGUGGAUUGGGAUUAGGGCUGUUGCUAUUCUGCAACUGUUAGCUGUUCAUCCCGACUAUCAAGGUCGAGGGAUUGGGACGAGAUUGUUGAUGGUUGGGGUGGAGGAGGCCAGACGGUUAGGCUUGCCUGCCUGGUUGGAGGCUUCGGAGGCUGGGUAUAGUGUCUACAGACGGUGUGGGUUCUACGAUGCGGAACGGAUGGAGUUGGAUUUUGGCAAGUAUGGGCUUAGCGGGAUGGAGCAUGUUUAUUGUAUGUUGAUGGACGGUAAGCAAUCCUCCAUCAGUACAGUUGACAAUUGA